AUGCCAGCAGCCACAGAAAGACCGCUACGAAUCUCCAUAGACCGAGGCGGCACUUUCACCGACUGCAUAGCCAAGGUCCGAGGCAGACCCGACAUUGUCCUCAAGGUGCUCUCGGUAGACGAGAGGAACUACCAGGAUGCGCCGACCGAGGCGAUCCGGCUUGUGCUGGAGGAGUUUUACGGACAGCCGAUCCCCAGAGGGACCGAGCUGGAUCUCAAGGACGUGGAAUGGAUCAGGAUGGGCACAACAGUAGCCACCAACGCCCUCCUAGAGCGCAACGGAGAAAAGACGGCCCUCCUGGUGACAAGAGGCUUCCAGGACGUGCUGGUGAUAGGCAACCAGUCCCGCCCCUACAUGUUCGACCUCUCGAUCCGGCGGCCCGAGGUGCUGUACUCGGACGUGUUCGAGGUGCCCGAGCGUGUCAUCCCGGCGACCUGCUUCGACUCGGAGCUGCGCCGGCUGAGGAUGCAGCACCCUCGCCAGGAGGCCGUGCGCGAGGUCGUGCAGGCCACCACCACGGGCGAGACGGUGCUGGUGACGGAGGAGCUCGACCAGGACGCCGUCCGCGCCCACCUCGACCGGCUGUACAGGCAGGGGUAUCGGUCCGUGGCCGUGUGCCUCAUGCACGCGUACAUAUUCCCGCGCCACGAGCUGCAGAUCCGUGACUUGGCCAGGCAGGCUGGGUUCGAGCACAUCUCGCUGUCGCACGAGGUCUCGUCGCGGUCCAAGAUCGUGCCCCGGGGCAACUCGGCCGUGGUGGAUGGCUACUUGACCCCUUCCAUCGAGCGGUACCUGCGCACCUUCAAGGCCGGUUUCCCCAGCCUUGAUGGCGACCGUGAUCGUGAUCGUUCUAGUGUCGGUGGUGGUGGUGGUGGUGCUGGCGGCGGUGGCCGUGGUGGUGCCAGGAUCGAGUUUAUGCAGUCCUCUGGCGGUCUGGUGCCCUCGUCUGCCGUGUCGGGCCUGCACUCGAUCCUGUCUGGUCCUGCCGGCGGCGUGGUGGGCUACGCGGUGACCUGUUUCGACAGCCACACGAGGACGCCCGUCAUCGGCCUCGACAUGGGCGGCACCAGCACCGACGUGAGCCGGUUCGACGGGGAGCUGGACCACGUCUUCGAGACCACGACGGCGGGGAUCCCGAUCCACGUGCCGCAGCUCAACGUCAACACGAUUGCCGCGGGCGGUGGCAGCGUGCUGGGCUGGCGAGACGGCCUGAUGACCGUGGGGCCCGAGAGCGCGAGGUCGUUCCCUGGCCCGGCCUGUUAUCGCAACGGCGGCCCUCUGACGGUGACGGAUGCCAACCUCGCCCUGGGCAGGCUGCUUCCAGAGUACUUCCCUUCCGUCUUUGGGCCUGGGCGCGACCAGCCCCUGGACAGGGACGUCGUGCUGGCCCGGUUCCAGCAGCUCACCGAGACCAUCAACCACGACACGGGCAAGGCCCUCAGCUGGGAAGACGUGGCCGACGGGUACCUGCAGGUGGCCAACCAGGCCAUGUGCGGCCCCAUCCGCAGCCUGACCGAGGCCCGGGGCCACGAGGCCGCAGCACACCACCUGGCGUCGUUUGGCGGCGCCGGAGGGCAGCACGCGUGUGCCGUGGCGGAGAUGCUGGGCAUCCAAAAGGUGCUCGUGCACAAGUACUCGUCCAUCCUGUCGGCGUACGGGAUCGGGCUGGCCGACGUGGUGCGCGAGGAGACGAGGCCGUGCAACAAGAAUGUGGACGAGGCGGGCGCGGCGAUCCGGGCCGAGAUGGACGGGCUGGCCGAGACGGCGAGGGCCCACGAGUCGAUGAGGAGCUUUGAGGACGGCGUGGUCGAGGUCAGGAGGUACCUGAGCAUGCGCUACGACGGCAGCGAGACCAGCAUCAUGACCUCUGCGGACCGAGACAUGGACGAGGCCAAGGCUGCGUUUGUGAGCACGCACCAUCGACAGUUUGGCUUCACGCCUGCGGGCAGGGCCAUCUGGGUCGAUACUGUGCGUGUGCGUGCUUUGUUGUCCACUGGUGCUGGUGCUGCUGCUGGUGCUGCUGCUCCUGGUGCAGUUCCUGCAGAGCCAACCCCAGAACAAACACGUCCUGUACGCUUCGCAUCUCUCGGCUGGGUGGUCGACACGCCCGUCUACACCCUCCAUGCCCUCCAGAAAUCCCCUGCCUCCAAGGUCCGCGGUCCUGCCCUCAUCGUCGACAAGACCCAGACCAUCGUCGUGGGGCCCAACUCAUCCGCCAGCUUUGCACCAGAAAGAGACCUUCUCAUCAUUGACGUCCAGCCAGAGGUGUUGGUCCCAAAACAACAACCUCAUGCUCCUCCUGCUCCGCCAACUUCUUCUUCUUCUUCUUCUUCUUCUUCUUCUUCUUUUUCCUCCUCCUCUUCCUCCUCUUCUUCUUCUUCCUUUUCACAAGAAAUCGAACCAGUCAAGCUCUCCGUCUUCCGCCACCGCUUCUUCGGCAUCGCAGAACAAAUGGGCCGCGUCCUCCAGAUGGUCAGCGUGAGCGCCAACAUCAAGGAGAGGCUCGACUUCAGCUGCGCCAUCUUCACCGCCGACGGCCACCUCGUCGCCAACGCCCCCCACGUGCCCGCCAUGAUCGGCAGCAUGGCCUUUGCCGUCAAGUCGCAGAUCGCAGAGUGGAAGGGCAGGCUCCGCGACGGCGACGUGCUGCUGUCCAACUCGCCCGCCUACGGAGGCGUGCACCUCCCAGACCUGACCGUCAUCACGCCCGUGUUUGCCUCCUCCGACAUCAUCUUCUGGACGGCCUCGCGCGGCCACCACGCCGACGUGGGCGGGAUCCUGCCUGGGUCCAUGCCGCCCACCUCCAAGCACCUGUCCGAGGAGGGCGCCGUGUUCGACUCGUUCCUCCUGGUGCGCGACGGCCGUUUUCACGAGGACGAGCUCCAGCGCAUCCUCUGUGUCGAGCCCGCCCGGUAUCCAGGCUGCUCCGGCUCGCGCUGCUUCCAGGACAACGUGACCGACAUCAAGGCCCAGGCCGCUGCCAACCACUGCGGCAUCCGUCUCGUGCGCAAGCUCAUUGACGAGUACACCAUGCCCGUCGUGCAGCUGUACAUGGGAGCCAUCCAGGAUGCCGCCGAGCUGGCCAUUCGGAACCUCUUUAGAUCGCAUGCCCGUCUCGAGGCCACAGACUUCAUGGACGACGGCACCCCCAUCACACUCACCGUCCUCAUCGACCCCGACACAGGCUCGGCCACCUUUGACUUUACAGGAACGGGGCCCCAGGUCCUGGGCAACUGGAACGCCCCCGAGGCCAUCACCCACUCGGCCGUCCUGUACGCCCUGCGCUGCAUGGUGGGCAACGAUAUUCCCCUCAACCACGGCUGCAUCAAGCCCAUCACCCUCGUCAUCCCGCCCCUCUCCCUGCUCAGCCCCCACCGCGACGCCGCCGUCUGUGCAGGCAACGUCCUGACCUCGCAGCGCCUCGUCGAUGUCAUCUUCAAGGCCUUUGGCACCUGUGCCGCCAGCCAGGGCUGCAUGAAUAACUUUACCUUUGGCAUUGGCUUUGGCUACUACGAGACCAUCGCAGGAGGCAGCGGCGCAGGCCCCCACUGGAACGGCACCAGCGGCGUCCACACCAACAUGACCAACACCCGCAUCACCGACCCAGAGAGCCUCGAGCGCAGAUACCCCGUCCUCCUGCGCCGCUUCGCCCUCAGGCCCGGAACAGGCGGCCGAGGCGCCCGGCCCGGCGGAGACGGCGUCGCCAGGGAGGUCGAGUUCAGGGUGCCCAUGACCGCCUCCAUCCUGAGCGAGAGGAGAAGAAGCUUUGCGCCGUACGGGAUGCGCGGCGGCGGCGACGGGGCCAGGGGCCUGAACACCUGGGUCCGGAACAACGGCGUGCGCGUCAAUGUUGGUGGGAAAGGGUCUGUCAGGGUGAGUGCUGGGGAUCGGUUUGUGGUGGAGACGCCUGGUGGAGGGGCUUGGGGUGCUCUUGAUGAGGACGAGGAUGGUAAAGGACAGGAGAAGAUGGCAAUUGGGAGACAAGAUGGACAGGGUGAGAGGCCGUUUGUGCCUCUUGCGAGUGGAUCUAUUGCUGCGAGGAUAGAUCUUGCGGAUCAGGUCUAG